CAGAUGUUACACCAGCUUCGUUUACGGGAAAACGUUCAGAUAAAGGAAAAACACCAAAAAAGCAUCAAAAGCGAAACCCAGUCGCAGAGGACGUGGUUCAGAAGGCGCUGGAAGAAGUCAAGUGCGGUACCCUGACCUAUUAUGCGGCAGCGCUGAAAUAUGGGAUUCCUCGCACAACACUUCAAUACCGCCUUAGCGAUGUAUACAAACAUAAGGGAUCGCGUGGACCUUAUACGGUACUGACAUCGGCUGAGGAAGAGGAAAUCGUCAGUUGGCUGAAGGACAAAGAACGAAAGGGUCACCCAAUAACUCAGAAUACUAUUCAAAGCAAGGUCACCAGUUUUCUGAAAGCGCAUCCGAGAGUGACGCCUUUCAAAGACGAUACGCCUGGAAAAACAUGGAUCAAAUUGUUUUUGAAACGCCACCAAGAUCUGGACCUACGAAGUCCCGAGUCGGUGAGCUUGAGCAACUCCAAAGAGACCGAAAAGCAGAUAAGGCUUUGGUUCAACAAAGUGCACAGUUACCUACUUGAAAACAAUAUGGCGGAAAUUCUCGACAAUCCAUCUCGAGUUCUCAACGGCGACGAAUCCAGCUUCAGUUUGAGCCGCACGCCUAGAAAAGUCGUUGUGUCGGCCGGAAAUAAAAGCGUGUCAUUCGAAGAAACCCCCAACAGCAUGCUGAAUGUAACGGUUAUGUUCACUUUUGCGGCGGACGGAAGCGUGUUCCCCCCUGGCAUCGUUCUGCCGGGAAAGCGCGUUAGCCCAGAUAUAGUCCAAUCCGUCCCGACCGAUUGGGGAUUGGGAACCUCGGGUACCGGUUGGAUGGAUACCUGCAACUUUGUCAAGUACAUAAGAACAGUACUGUUACCAGCACUGAAAAAGAAACGAACCAAAUUCCCUGUCAUCUACUUCUUGGAUGGUCACAAAACGCAUACUGCUUUAGAGGCUGCGGAUGAGUGCAAUAAGCUGGGCAUCAUUUUGAUGGGCCGGAUCCCUAACGCCAGUCGAAUCCUUCACCCGGCGGACGUGGCAAUUUUUUGGCCGCUCAAAUCGAGCUGGGGCGAUUUCGUUGAUGCUUGGCGGAAUACGCAUGACAACAUGGAACUGACCACGGUUACAUUUGGACCACUGUUGAGAGAGGCAAUGGAGCUGACUUUCAAUGAAAAGACUAUAACCAGUGGAUUUGCAACUUGUGGUCUGUUUCCGUUCAACCAGGAUGCUGUUAACUACUCCAAAUAUUUAGCAGAAAGCUCGGAGAACGGACUGAGUGAUGGUGUUACAGAAACUGGAGAUUCCCGUGACCCUGUGAUGAACAGUUCAUAUUCUGGCUGUAGUGUUUACAGUAAAGACGCACAACCAGACAAAGAUGAGACGAUGAACGAGGUGUCAAGUCUGGAAUCAACACCGCCGGCCUUUAUCGAAGUCGACGUCAAAGUGGAGCAGUUAAGCGAAAUGGAUCCCAAUGUAACGGAGAAUUGCAGCGAUUGUCCCGAUUCCGAUAAGCUGAUGUACCAGGAGAGCAGCCAUAAAGGUACAUAG